AUAGCCAGCGAGAUCCACACACACACACACGCGCGACACAGACACAUUGCACACACGCGGCGUAUAUAAUGAACAAUCAACUCAACCCGGCCACCUACCGCAAAUUCAAUAAUUUGCUGAGCAGCGGCGCAGUCACCGUCACCGGUCCCGGUCAGCCACGCAUAUUGAAGACGACGCGCCUGGCGACGCCCGCAUCGAGCGCAGCAACGCAGCAGCAGCAAAGCAUGAUGGACUCGGACUCAGCAGCACGGUGUUACAUCUGUGACGACCCACUGCAGCCCAGCCAAACGCAGACGGCUGUUACGGAUAUGUGUACCACGCACACCUCCACCAAAUUUCCGAAUAAGCUGGCCCAGCUGGUGGGUGAGGGCUUCUUAGUGAUUGUGUGCAAUGAGGAUUUCGUUUGCACGCGCUGCACCAAUCUGGUCAACUACUUUGAUCGGUUAGAGAACGAUGUGGAGCGCGUAAAGGCGAAUCUGUUGAACUUGCUAAACAAAAAGUAUGGCAUCAACGAGGAUAGCGGCGGCAGUCAUUCAGACGCCGCCAGUCCUCCGCUCAAGAUGCAAAAGUUGAUCAGUGGCACAGGUAAUCGGUCCUUGGAGGAGGCUGGAGGUGGGGACAUGCUGCGCCAGCGCAAACUAGUGCAGCAGGCGCCAGCCUCGCAGCAACUGAAGCUGACCGCAGGUGGUCAAGGUGGCGCUGUAGCCAGCACAAAUCCGCCAGUGCAGCGUAAGGCGACAAAGAUCUACAAGUGUACGUCGUGCGAUUACAAGACCUCGGAUAUGCGUCUGUUUAACACCCACUACGAGACCUGCAAGCAGCAGACGUUCCAGUGCAAGACCUGCCGCAAGAUCUUCCCACAUUUCGGUGCCAUGAAGCAGCACAUGGUCCGGGAUCAUAACACGGCCAUGGACAACACGUGCGCGAUGUGCCACAUCAAUUUCGUGAACGAGGCCAGCCUGCGCAAGCACAUGGAAACCAAUCAUGCCACAAAUGUUCUGGUCACCAGCACCACAACCAUACCAGCAGCUGCGGCGCCUGUGACAGCGGCAGCUGCUGCUGCCGCGGCUGCGGCUGGCGUCACCGAGUCCAUUGGCGCCUCCGGCUCAGCUCUGUAUACAUGCAAUCACUGUCAGUUCAAGUCGACCGACAAGGGCGUCUUCGAUGAGCACAUGCGCAAACACAUCAGCGGCAAGCCGAAGCCCUUCAAGUGCCGCCUCUGCUCGCAGCGAUUCGAGACACGCGAAGCGGCCACCAUUCAUGCCAAGCAGCAUCAGACGAACUACUUCAAGUGUGGCCAGUGCGCCAUGACGUUCCCCAAGCGCGAGCUGCUGGUCAAGCACGUCGAGCUGCAUCAGGCUGAGAAGCUAAAUGCCUCAAGCGGCGGCAGCCAGAACUUGAACACACAGAAGCUGCUGCAGGAGACGAUUGAUGAGGCGCUCAGCGAUAGCGUGCCAUCCCAGGGAGCCGGCACUGUUGUGGCCAGCGGCGGUGAGGCUGAGAAUAACAUUCGAUUCUUUUCGUGCAGCAUCUGUUCGCUGACCUUCAUUCAGGAGACGUACUACAAUCACCACAUGGAGACGCAUAGGCGCGACAAGAAGGGCUCGGCUGCCGGCGGCGGCACCACAGCCCUCAACUCAGCAGCGACAGCGCUGCUCAGCGAUGAGCCAGGAGACUCGGGCUCUGGCGCCAAGGAGGAGCUCAACGAGCAGAAUGCCGAGGCGGACAUUGAGAGUCUGUUUGAGAAGCUGCAUUCCGAUAAGAACGAUAGCGAGAAGAGCGGCAAGAAUGAGAUGGUCAUCACCUCGCAGGAGGGCAGCGGCGGCAUCACGUUCAACAUAACCAUACCGCAGGUGGAUGCCAGUGGCGAGCAGGCCGAGAAGCAUUCGCCAAACUCGCAGGCGCCCGUUUCGGUGAGCAUCGACAUGCCUGUGCUGGACCAGGCCGAGGAGGAGGAGUCACAGUCCCAAAGCAGCAACGACAACAAAGCAGCCGACGGCGGCAAAUCGAAUGCAGCGCCCGUCUCGAUGCCCAGCCUGGACGAUGACAAUGAGGCAGCGGCAGCCGGGGCAGCGGACACAACUGACGGCAAUGCGGCCAGCAGCGGAAAGGCGAGCGAAAAGAGCGGCUCCAAGGCUGACCAAUCAGCAGCUAAGGAGAAGUCCAAGGAGGCCGAACAAUCUGGCAAUGCGGAGGGCGACGCAGAUAAGCGAGAGUCCAACGAGACAACAACAGCCGAACAAGCAGCCGAAUCGGAGGCAGCGGCCAACGAAGCUGCCGAGGCAGAGGCAGCUGCCUCAGCUGAGGGUGAGACGGCCGAAGCAUCCGGCGGCGAGCAACAAGUGGCCAUGGAGCUGGAUGAGGCCAUGCAAGCCCAGGUGGAUGGCGGCCAAAUCAAGUUCAUUGUCAAUGAGAACGGACACCUACUGCAGCUGGACAACCACAUAUUGACCGAUGCGGAUGGUAAUCAGAUCAUAGUACAAGACCCGGAGCAAAUCCAGCAGCUGCUCCAAAGCGUGGGCGUCCUGCAGUCGGGCGAGGGGCUCGAGGGCGAGACGCUGCAGAUGAUGACCGAUGGCAGUGGCCAGAUGGUGCUCGUCCAUGGCGACAACAACGAGCAGCAGCUGAUCGAUGCCUCGCUCCUGAAUUCCGAAGGCCAGAUUAUCAUUCAGCAAGGCCAGGAUGGCGAGGAGGGUCCUCAUGUCAUCAGCGAGGAUGGCACACGCAUACCCGUGUCCGUCUCCUACACUGAGGAUGGCCAGCCCAUUGUCCAGGUGCAACAGCAGGUGCUGGAAGCAGCGCAGGCGAACGCCGAAGAAAAGGAAGCCGCUGCCGCUGGCCAAGAGGAGGCUGGCGAGGAGGCGCAAACAAGCGAAUCGGUGACUGUGACCACCUCGGCUGCCGCAGUGACCACUAGCACGGCCAGCAGUAGCACCGGUGGCACCGCUGGCUUCUUUGCGCUGGAAGAGUUUGCCGAAACGAAAACGGACUAGGAUUGGCUCUAGAAACGGGGCCGCCAACACUAUCCAAUCCUGGCAAGCGAUGAGGACUGGUUUUGAGCGAAAAGAACCAAAAUAAUUGCUAAAUCGAGGUCUGACCAAACUCUCGGCCCAACAUCCGAAAUAUGCAGACUCACACACACACAGACACAAGACAACACAACACGACACAUACGCAUUUUAAAUACGCAUACACACACACAUAUACACUUACACAUUUAUACAUUUAGCUUAUGUAUUAACACUCCGGUUGACAACAAGAACAACAA